AACAUUUUAAACACGGAUAAGUCAUAUGGAAAAUAUAAUAAACAUUUUAAUAAUAUAAAAGAUUUACUCAUAAAAAGGAUGUUAUUUGAUUGGGAAAAUGUAUGUUCUGAUUUAGGAGUAAGAUAUUCUUUAUUUGGAAGAGAGUGGGAACAAGAAAAUUUCAAUCACUGGUAUAAUAAAAUAUCGGAUGAUAUAAAAGAUUUCAAUGAUAAAGUUCUUGCAGAGUAUACAUUAUUAUGGGAAAGCCGUCCUAAUGAUAAAGAGUGCUCUACUUUUUUCAAGAAAAAAAAAAAAGAGUUGUCUAAGGUUUGUAAGGUAAUAGAAGGCUGGUUUAGGAAAUAUGUAAAAAAAUGUAAGGAUGAGUGGUACCACUUAAAUUGCCAAAAUGUUCCCACAUUUUAUAAUUCCAUUUUUAAUUAUAAAAAAAUAAAUUAUAAACCAUUAAUUAAUAAUCUAGAAUAUAAUUAA